UGAAAGAUGUCAAGGCUGAAAUCUGAAGCCUCAAGAGAUCCGGAGGGAAGACUCCGGGGGGAGUGUUUGAGGUGUCACAAGUGUGCAGCUUACUGUCCGAAGCCAGGCAGUAACGUGUGCAAAAGCUGCUCACAUGUUGCAAGGGACCACGCUCUUCUUGAGGCAUGCCACAUGCAAGGGUGCAACUGCCCGGAGUGUGUUAUUGUCAAAAACGUGCCGGGAGAAUGUGCAAACUGUGGGCACAAAGUGACGGCACAUACUCCUACACGAGACAUGAAGGUUGCACGGAUGUCUUCACGGAAUGAUGAGGCUGUGCCAUCCACCAGUUCCAUGCAACCUGCUGGUACAAGCAAGACAACCAAGUCUUUUCACCAGUGGCUGCAAGAUGAGGACAGUGAGGAGGAGUUUGAGAAAAGCUUCCUGCCAACCAAAAAGAAGAAAGAGACUGACAGAAAGCGCUUCUUUCAGCCGAAGGGAAAAGGAAAGGGAAAGGGACAGGGAAAGGCUGGAAAGAAACACAAAUUCAACUUGUCAAUGCUGUCUGAGCAAGGGUCAACUGUGGCGCACAGCUGUUUUGGCAUCUCUGUGUCAGAAUGGAAUUCAGAACAAAGUAUUCUAGAGCUGGCCGGCCAGAAGCUACUGGCCAUGCGGAAGAUCGGCAGCGACAACGUAGGCCAUCUCCUUCUGUGUGAAGGGGAUGGUGCCUGGCUAAAGUAUGUGCCAGGGACAGUGCAGCCAUUUGUUGUGAGGGACUACCUGGAGUUUCGGGGCAUACCCUCCAGUAAGAUACACCUGUAUGUGAUGACCCGGACAGACUACAUAGUGCUGCAGAAGUCAAAACCAAAGCUGAGUAGGGACCAGCACUGGAAGGAGGCUAGACUCCCAGAGGAUGAUGAGCAUCAUUCAGAUGACACGAAACGAGAUGAAGCUGCAGAAAUAGAGAUUGUUGACAGCAACGAUGAUGAGAUCUACUUCCCUGGUCCUAGAAGACCAAGAACCAGCACACCGCUGUAUGACGAGACAGUGGCUAUGGAAGAUUUGGGAGGCCUUGAGGACCCAAAUGAAGAUCGGCUGGCAGGGGCAAAAAGGGUUCCAGACACCACCCAUGACUCUGAAUCCAGGGUUCCAGACACCACACAUGACUAUGAAUAUGCAAAGAUGUUACAGCUUGUCUAUGACAACGAGGCAUCAGAGUAUGCCAACAGUGAUACAGAUGAAGCUGACUUCAGCACAUCACGAGAACUGGCUGAUGAUGCAUCAGGAGGUGCUGAAACCUCAAGCAUGGAACCAUGGGAGAAGAAAGACCUACUCAAAAAACUCGUGAAUGAACUACAUGAAAAAAACAUUAAAAAAACGCAGACAAAACUGUACAAUGUUCGCCGAGAUAAGGUUUGGCCUUCACUAAAAGAGAAGAUUGCCCGUAAAACCUUUGACCCGUUCAAGGCCAUAGAGGUCAAGUUCAUUGGAGAGGAGGAGACCAUCGACCAGGGUGGCCCCAAAAAUGAGAUGUUUAGACUGGCGCUUGAUGGCAUCUUCUCCUCAAGUGGCCUUUUUGAACUCACUGCACAGGGCUUUCUGCCAGUAAGUUCCCCCAUCGCGCUGUACAACGAAGAGUUUGUGACAGUGGGGAAAGCCCUCGCCAUGUCCAUUGUUCACUUUGGACCAUCCCCCACUUGCCUACACCCUGCUGUAGUGGCAGUGGUCUGUGACCAGAAGCUGCCAGACAUGUCUGCUUUCAAGCCAGUGGAUAAAGGAACAGCUGACUUUGUGGAAAAGCUUGAAAAAGCAACCAAGGAGACCCUGCCCAGCCUGCUCCAGAGCGACAUUGGCAUGUCGAUGCUGUCCGUGGCGGGCUGGAGGAAGACGGCAGCCAGUACGUCGAUUGAAGAAACAGUUGUCAUAAGGAGGGCACUGUGUCUUCAGGACAUUGUAGUCUCCAGAAAGUCAGCCAUCGAGCAGCUGCGAGAGGGUUUGAAACUGUUUGGCCUGCUCAGUGUUUUGGAGUCAGAGCCCCACCUGGCCGGGUCACUCCUGCUCAAGUCUACUACUCCAAUCACUUCUGACGACGUAGUGAGAUCACUGAGUGUCCACUGGGCAGAGGACGGCAGCAACAGGAAAGACAGACAAAAGGAUGUCUAUCAGAGGCUAACGACCUGGCUAGAAUGCGUGGAAGAGGGUGAUGGCCGUGUCUCGCUCAAGCACUUCCUAACAUAUGUGACUGCCCAGGAGGCUGAGCCAGUGACUGGGUGGCAGCUGGAGCCGGUGCUGCAGUUCAAGGUAUGCCCCGCAGGCUGUGGGUGCUACCCAGUGUCGAACACUUGCGCCCUAACGUUGACGAUGCCAGAGCACAUGGCAAACCUUUCCCAGCAGGAGUUCGACUGUGCUAUGGAGGAAGCCAUAGUUGGUGGGUGGGGCUUUGGGAGGGAGUAAGGUACUAUAUGACU